AUUAGGUCCUGUAAGUGACUGUAAAGCUCCUAUUGCUGUUUGUGAAAUUCAGUCAUAAGACUAACACUCGAUCGAUUGCAGUAAUGUCUGGAAGAGGCAAAGGCGGUAAAGGACUCGGGAAAGGAGGCGCUAAGCGGCACCGUAAAGUGCUGCGGGAUAACAUCCAGGGUAUCACCAAACCCGCCAUCCGUCGUCUCGCUCGCCGCGGCGGAGUCAAGCGUAUCUCCGGUCUGAUCUACGAGGAGACCCGCGGUGUGCUGAAGGUGUUCCUGGAGAACGUGAUCCGCGAUGCCGUUACCUACACCGAGCACGCCAAGAGAAAGACCGUCACCGCCAUGGACGUCGUGUACGCGCUGAAACGACAGGGACGCACUCUGUACGGCUUCGGAGGAUAAACACGUCCGUGUUACCAUAAAAACUCAACGGCUCUUUUAAGAGCCACCCACAUUUUCAAAAAGAGUACGUUUUUGACAAGUAAAAACCGUUGUAGAAACUCGACCCACCAAGUUGUUUUGGGUUUAUGAGAGCUCUGGAUGUAUGGAGCUGUGUGUAUUAGUUUUCACAAACCGUUACGCUUUCCAAAAAAAAAAACGA